UCUUCCUGGUGCCCCUCCUGCGCCUACAGGUUUAGCGAAGCCCUAUAUUCCGUUUCCAGAUUUCCCAAUAACUCUCAAGGUCCUGGUUGCCCACCUUCUUAACAGCAGAGUCCCCCAGAGUGUUUACUGGAGAGGCCCUGUUCUUAACUGACUGCCGGCCUGCCAGGCUUUGUGAGACAACUCAAAGAAGAUACUCUUCUAGUCACACCAUAGGAUCCAUACCACCUACUUACCUCUGUCUAGAGAUUUCAGAGCAAGAGGCUCAGGGCAGCCACAGUUCUUCAAGGGGUCAGCAGCAUCAGUCCAGAGGCACAGACCGCACAAAGGGAGAGUCCCCUCCAAGAAUUCCUCUCCCAGUCCCCAGGGUGGAUGCGUGAGCCCGGAUGAACCGCUGCCAACUGCUCCAUCGGUGGGGAACCAGUUGUAUCUGCACAGGACUCUAUGCUUUUGUAAGAACGGCAGAAAAUGGACAAAUCCCGGGGGUCACUGUCAUUCGGGGAUGUGACUGUGGACUUCUCCUGGGAGGAGUGGCAGUGCCUGAACCCUGCUCAGAGGACCCUGUACAGGGACGUGAUGCUGGAGAACUACCACAACUUUGUCUCAGUGGGGUUUCUCAUUAACAAGCCAGAGGUGAUCUUCAGAUUGGAGGAAGGGGAAGAGCCAUGGAUAGUAAAGGAAGAAUUUCUGUACCAGAACUACCCAGAAGACAACAAAGCUCAUUACCUAACAGAGAGAAUCCAGGAAAACCAAGACAAAUAUUUGCCACAAGUUGCAUUUAAGAACAAAACACUGGCCUCAGAAAAAGUUCAUGCUUUAAGACAACCAUCUAAUACGAGUGCAAACUUUGUUCCUUCGAGAAAAAUGUCCUGUAAAUACGACUUACGUGGAGUGAGUUUGAAAAAUAUUUUAAUAUCAAUUGGUAGUAAUAGAAAUUCUUCAAGAAAAAAAUAUGGCAUUUUAAAUGUGUAUGAGAAAUUACUUGAUAUUAAGCAGGAAAAACCUCAUGCUCAAGAGAUUUCUUGUGAAAAUAAUCAGGAUGAGAAAACCUUUGGUCAUAAGAAUGGUAUUAUUCAGCACCUAAAUACUCAGACUUCAGAGGAGACUUUAAAAUAUAAUGAUGGUGGAAAACCCUUAGGAGAAGAGACCAUAAUAAUUCCACACAGGCAAAAUGACAUAGGAGAGAAACUCUGUGAAUAUAAGGAACAUGGGGAAACCUGUGAGAUAUCAUCUCUGUUGAAAUAUCAUGCGGUCUACACAGAAAUAAAACAAUCCAAAAGCAAUCAAAUGGAAAAUAAUUUCAGUAAGAUGUCACACUUCACUCAAGUUCAGAAAAGCCAGAGAGGUGAGUGUCUAUUCAAAUGUAAUGAAUGUGGGCAAACAUUCAACUACAAGUCAAAUCUCACAGUGCAUCAGAGAACACACACAGGAGAGAAACGCUAUCAACUUAAUUUACGUAGGAAGACCAGUCACAAAUCAGUUCUCACAGACCAUGGGAGGACACAUACAGGGGAGAAACUUUAUAAAUGUAGUGAAUGUGGGAAGUCCUUUUACAAGAAGUCAUCCCUCAUUCGACAUGAGAGAACAUAUACAAGGGGGAAGCCCCACGAAUGUAAUGAAAGUGGGAAAACUUUCUGUGAGAAAUCCACCUUCACUCAACAUCAGAGAACUCAUACAGCAGAGAAACGCUUUCAGUGUAAUGAAGACAGGAAAACUUUCUGUCAGCAGUCAGACAUAAAGAUACAUCAGAGGAUUCACACAGGGGAGAAACGCUUUCAGUGUAAUGAAUGUGGUAAAACUUUCCAUUGGCAAUCAGACAUUAAGCUACAUCAGAGAACUCACACAGGAGAGAAACCCUUUCUCUGUAACAAGUGUGGUAAAACUUUCUAUCGGCAGUCAGAUGUUAAUGCACAUCAGCGAAUUCACACAGGAGAGAAACGCUUUCAGUGUAAUCAGUGUGGUAAAACUUUCUAUUGGCAAUCAGACGUGCAUGCACAUCAGAGAACUCACACAGGAGAGAAACCCUUUCAGUGUAACAAAUGUGGUAAAUCUUUCCAUAGGCAGGCAGACGUUAAUGUUCAUCAGAGAACUCACACAGGAGAGAAACGCUUUCGAUGUAAUGAAUGUGGAAAAACUUUCUACCGGCAGUCGGACGUUAAUGCACAUCAGAGAAUUCACACAGGAGAGAAACCCUUUCAAUGUAAUCAGUGUGGUAAAACUUUCUAUCGGCAGGCAGACGUUAACGUGCAUCAGAGAACUCACACGGGAGAGAAGCGCUUUCAAUGUAAUGAAUGUGGUAAAACUUUCUAUCGACAGUCAGAAGUUAAUGUACAUCAGAGAACUCACACGGGAGAGAAGCCCUUUCAGUGUAAUGAAUGUGGUAAAACUUUCUAUCGACAGUCCGAUGUCAAUGCACAUCAGAGAAUUCACACAGGAGAGAAACCUUAUAAAUGUAACGAAUGUGGGAAAUCUUUUUACGAGAAGUCAUCCCUCACUCGACAUGAGAGAACUCACACGGGAGAAAAACCCUAUGAAUGCAAGGAGUGUAGGAGAACUUUCUGCCAGAGGUCAGCCCUCACUCAACAUCAGAGAACUCACACAGGAGAUAGACCCUUUCAUUGUAACGUGUGUGGCAAAACUUACCGUCAUCUCUCAGCUUUUAAUGUACAUCGGAGAACUCACACAGGAGAGAAACCCUUUCAGUGUAUUGAAUGUGAGAAAUCUUUUCUUACAAAGUCGACUCUUAUUAAUCAUCAGAGGACUCACACAGGGGAAAAGCCCUAUGAAUGUAAUGAAUGUGGGAAGAGUUUCCGUCAUAAAUCUACCCUCACUACCCAUCUGAGAACUCACUCAGGAGAGAAACCUUAUAAAUGUUGUGAAUGUGGAAAAGCUUUUGGGCGGAAAUCAGCCCUUACAAAUCAUCAAGGAAUUCAUGUAGGGUAGGAACCCUGUAGCAGAAAUGUGCUAUGUUUUUCCCAAUACCCAUUUCUCUUUCUUUAUGGUUACACAACUAGUCCAGAUUUGCUAGCCUGUCUUCCAUAC